CCUGCCAGGAUUCCUGGCGACGAUGUAUAUAAGCCCGUCUGCCUACCUUCACAACUUACCAUUCGAGUGGAAAAAGGGUAAGAUGACAGAAUAAGCAAUUUCAGAUGAGCCAAUACACCAUCCCCAACCUCUUCAUCACAAUCAACGACGUCGCAAUCAUGGUGCAAUUCAAAACCGGGCAAUCCGUGCGCUACAAGCCCGUCGGCGGGCCCGACUCCAACACCUCGGAGAGCACGGGUCGCAUCACAGACGUGUUGACGAAGCCCGGCGUGCAAGCCGAUCGGAACGUCCAGGCUAGCGCCGACGAGCCGCGCUACGAGGUAGGAACUCCCUCACUCCCUCUCCCUCUUCGUCGUAGUUUUAUAAGAAGUUAGGGAAGGGAAGAACUCGAAGCUGAUGAUAAGAAACAGAU